AUGAUCAGCUGGUCAGCUACUCUCCGCCCUGUGCGCCCGUCGCGCGCGGCAGCAAAUGACCUACGCGGAGACAAGAUCGUUUUGCCGCAGUCCGCACUCGAGCAGCUGCUUGCUUCCUCCACGGGAACCAACGGUUGGAAGUCUACAUUUAUAUUCCCUGCAUCCGAACCGUCAAAUCCUUACGCUGCGGCUCAUGCGCAACAAGAGCGCCCUCAAGAACUACCUCAUCCGCUAAUGUUUCAACUGGCCAACCCGGCAACCGGGAAGACCGUCUAUGCCGGGAUUCGCGAGUUUUCGGCUAGCGAAGGAGAAGUUGCUUUGAGUCCUCACAUUCGCGAAGCCCUGGGGAUACAAGAGUUGGAUAUACAAGAGGGCCCACAAGAGGAUGAUCGUAUUUCGGACUCUCGGUCCGACAAGGGCGAUGAAAAUACGGACGAGGGGCUUCGAAUUACAGUGAAGGCGACGCAGCUUCCUGCAGGAACUUAUGUGCGACUACGACCCCUGGAGGCUGGCUACAACCCCGACGAUUGGAAGCCUUUGUUGGAGAGACAACUCCGCGGGAACUUCACUACCCUCACGAAGGGCUCUACCAUAUCGAUUCAGGGUACAAAAGGCGAGGAAUUCCGUUUAUUGGCAGACAAGUUUCUCCCCGAAGGAGACGGUAUUUGUGUGAUUGAUACGGACCUCGAGACGGACAUCGAGCCGCUGAAUGAAGACCAGGCGAGAGAAACACUGCGCCAAAUCGCCGCCAAAGGACAACGCCGCCCAGAGACCGCCGCGACUAGCUCGGUUGGGGGUGCGAUGGAUAUCUGGAAGGAGGUUGAAGGCCGAGUCUUGGAAGGAGACUAUGUCGACUACGAGCUACCCUCAUGGGACAGGAGUCGCGCCAUUGUCAUUGAACUGAUAUUACACGACGGCCGUGAGGUUGACCUCUUCGUGAGCCCCAAGACUAACAGGCAACGGGCGAUACCUCGAGACAUCGAACAUACAUUCGGCGACUUCUCUUCCCCAAAGGACGGGGUCAAGCGCAUUCUCAUAGAACCAACAAGCUCGGAGCUUGAAGGCGCAGAGAGCUUGAUGGUAUCUGUACACGGUUUCUCCGGUUUAGAGGGUGGUCUAACAGCAACAAAACCAUGUCGUUACACACUCCGCGCAAGAGCAGCCGACAUCCCAGGCUCUUCUGCCGCCCCAAUCGAAAUUGGCAACCCAGAACCGUCCGCAGAUGAAGAGCAGUGCAAGAACUGCCUGCAAAUAAUACCGACACGGACAAUGAUGCUUCACGAGAAUUUCUGUCUCAGGAACAAUAUCAUCUGCCCGCAGUGCAAGAACGUUUUCCAGAAACGAUCCCAAGAAUGGGAGGACCACUGGCACUGCACAACCCACCCGGAUGCUUAUGGCUCGGGCCGCCAAAACAAGGCCAAGCACGACUUUGUCCAACACACACAACACAUGUGCCAAUCUUGCGGACCAUCCACAUCUUUCACAUUCCCGUCCCUCCCGGAACUGGCCCGCCACCGCACGACAGUCUGCCCUAGCAAACUCAUCCUUUGCCAGUUCUGCCACCUCGAAGUGCCACAGGAAGGCGACCCACUGGACCCCUCUUCCGAGGCAGAGACAGCAAUCACCGGGCUGACGGCGCACGAGCGCGCGGACGGGGCGCGCACCACGGACUGCCACCUCUGCGGCGCCAUCAUCCGGCUGCGCGACAUGGCAGCACACUCAGCCAACCACGAGCUCGACAAGGCCGCGCGCGCCGCCCCCGAAAUCUGCCGCGACCAACUCUGCGGCCGCACCCUGCACGGCAUCGGCCCCCGCGGCCAAGUCAAUGGCGGCACCCGCAUGGGCCAGGGCCCCGGCAACGACCUCGGCCUCUGCAGCCUGUGCUUCGCGCCCCUGUACGUCAACAUGUACGACCCGGAGGGCAAGGCCCUGCGCCGCCGCAUCGAGCGCCGCUACCUCGCCCAGCUCAUGGCCGGGUGCGGCAGGAAGUGGUGCGCCAACGAGUGGUGCAAGACGGGGCGCGCGAACCAGGGGCUGGAGCAGUGGGGUGGCACCGCCGCCGCCGCGCUACCGUUGGUGAAGCCGCUGCUGGGGGAACUGGCGGAUCACGAGAAGCCGAUGCGCUUCUGUGUGGAUGAGGUGUCGCAGCGGAGGAAGAAGACGGCCGCGAUGAUGGCUGCGGAGGGGGCGUGGGAGCUGGAGUGGUGCGUUGCGGCGCUGGAGGCGGAAGGGGGGAAUCUGGGGAAGGCGAGGGGCUGGUUGGGGGAUUGGGCGCCUACGAAGGUCGCUGGGAGAUAG